CGGUUCUAUUGUUACGAUUGUGUACAGACAUAGAUGUUGUCCAGGUGAUGGAUGUCCACUGCUUGUGGAGACCAUCUGCCAUGGUCUGGUACAACUUACGGAGUACUGCCCGGGAAGAGGAGAGCUCCGUCGAGCCGUCCACUACCAGCGCUUUCGGAGGGAUAUCGUUCGUUAGUUCCGCGGUAACAUGUGCGCAUGGCCUCCCUUUUUAUGGCCCUUCCUUUGUAGCCCUUAUGCAGUGGGUGUCUGGAGUCUGGCCUGGCCUGGUCAUGCCCGCUGUCCGCAUCAACCUUGUUUCGAAGCUGAUAUACUUAACCAUUCGCACGCCCUCUGUAUCUCUUACUGUCCUACAUUGACUCGGUACCUCUGCAUACCUUUAUUAUAUAACUCCCAUUUACAUAUAGAAGUGCCGUUUCCGAAUUUCCAAUACAAUGGCGGCCCCUGAAUCUAUCAACAUCAAGGAUAUUACUGGAAAAUGGUCGCUGAACAAAACUAUCAGUGAUGACAUUGAUCCCGUGCUCGCCCUGCAAGGCAUCGGCUGGUUGACUCGCAAAGCUAUCGGUCUUGCCGGCCUCACUCUCCACGUCAAGCACUACAAGGACGACGAUGCCACGGAGCACAUCGACAUCGAGCAGAUUGCAAGUGGGGGGAUCAAGGGCACCACUGAGCUCCGCACUCUCAACGGUGAAUGGCACGACCAUAAGGACCACAUCUUCGGCUUUGUCAAAGGCACCAGCACGUGGGUCCAGCUCUCCGAGCUCGACGACAACGACGAAGAUGAGGCUUUCCUCAAGGAUGGGUGGGAUAAGGGAACGCAGGAGAUUGGCCUGGUCAAGAACCACGUGGAAAGCCAAGGUAAUGGCUGGGUUGGCCGUCAAACAUGGGGUUUUGCGGACAUCGACAUUGAUGGAAAGAUCGAGAGGCGCCAUACGCGCAGGGUGGUGGUGACCAAAGGCAGUGAGGCCAAGAGGAUCCGAAUGGUAUAUGACUUUAUUUCGCAGUAGGUGACUGGACACAUAACGAAGAGAUAAGAGCUGGUGCGUAGCGGACAAAUAUUGAGACCACUCGCGGAGCUGUCUUGGAACGUGGUAGAAACUAGAAAGCUUCCUCCAGAAUCCCAUGUUUUGAAUGACCAGAUCGUCGGACUUGG